UCCCACUUCUAUCUCCAUUGAUUGUACAUUGUGACAGUUGGGAUACCAUCAAGUUAGCUGGAUCACGAACAGGAUCGGCAUCGCCAGGAUCUCGAAAUGGCCCAAAGUCUGCGGCCGCAAUCGUCCUUAGCGGCUUUCUCUGCAGCUGUUCGCUGCUGCUGCAGUGGACAUUCGACCACCGCGGCACCAUAUGCAACAGCCAUUGGGCAGAGAAUACAACAUGAGCGCGCCCCACAAAGCAGAAAAGGCAGGCAUGUGGCCUCGAUAUUCCCAAAUCAGCGAACGCGAUCUCUCAGCUCCACAGCACGCACACAGGAUCCAGCAUCCGCCGGCAAGUCACGUCCUCCGAAAAGUCGCGAUCGUGGACCCGCGAGCAAAGAGGAUACGCAGACAGAUUUUGCGGCCAUGAACAUGCUCGGAAACAUGGCCCCGCCUUCAACAGCUGUCGACGCAUGCUUCGAUGACGGCUUUGCUCUCGACUCCGGCCUGAAAGUCACCAAUGCGGGAGUACUGCUGGUAGGAGGUGAAGCUUUCAAGUGGCGGCCAUGGGUCAGACCAGGGCGUAAAGAAGGCACGAUCGGCGCUGGGUCAGCUGGAGACGACAAGAAAGGCGUGUCGAGCGCAGCAGGGAAAUUGAGGAAUCCGAAAGGCAUGUUCGAAGUGGAUAAGAGCGUGUGGGGCGUGUUGGACCUGGUGUGGCCUAAGCCGGAUCUAUUGAUCCUGGGGACUGGCGAGAAGAUCGUGCCAGUGAGCCCGCAGACGAGGAGAGACAUCGCCGAGUUGGGCAUCAGAAUUGAAGUGCAGGAUACGAGGAACGCCGCGGCACAGUUCAAUAUGUUGGCCACAGAGAGAGGGACACAGCAAGUUGCUGCAGCAUUGGUGCCAGUAGGAUGGAGGGAGGGAAAGUGAGAGGAACAACACACGACGUGGGUGAUUGAGAAGCGUCUAGCAGGAGUGAUACCUGCGCGGCUAGGGGUAGAAGCUAGAGGAGCCUCGCCAGACUGCACGAUGCUCGUUUCUCGGCUUCGCACGAUACAUUGUCGUGCAAUGUCGUCUCGACAAUUUGUGGCGUGAGGGAUAUCAGCAUUUCGGAAGCAAGCUGAGAGGAUCGCCACUUCUGUGCUAGAAGGCAGUCCAGUGAGACGUGGACAUGCAUGAAGACACGAGGCCGGCAACCAGAUGCCAUACAUAUUGUACAACAGUAUCCAUGUAAAUAUAUGAACGGUUCACAUCUCCAAAAUAGCUAGCGCAGCAUCAAUGUAGCAUUGGCAAGUCGUGAUUGGACCGGUCGUUGCCAUUCCAUCUCCCACUUCGCCGGC